AUGACUGGUAUUGUAAAGAAUCGAUUAGCAAAAUGGUUCUCCCUCUAUGUAAAUGUUGAUGUGAAAGCGUAUGGCCAAAAUAAAGCAUUGGUUGCUACAUCAAACCACUACUGUGCCAAAGAUAUUUUACGAGCAUUUAAACAGCACAACACAAUAUAUAUGACAUAUUAUAGUGUAUGGAAACACUCACCUAUUGCCAGGGGACUUUUGUGGACAGGGGUUUUGCUAUCAGGAAAUGAUUGUGUUGUUGCCUUAUGACUGGUGAUAAGAAAACAUGACCCAAAAGAGACUUAACUAAAGGAAAAGAUUUGAAUUCAAAUAAAAGAUGUGAAAUUGACAGAAAAGAUGGAAUUAACAUAAAAAAACUUAAGUUUACCAAAGAAAUGAAAAAGCUUGAGAUUUUCAUACUGAUGAAUCUUGUGUGGCAGGUUAGGGAAAUUAUAAUUACUGUUGGAAAUCUUGUAGAUGAUAUUAUGGAAAAAACAAGAUGUCAACAUUGAAAAAUUGGAUGUAAUUUUUAUAUCUCAAGCACUUCGGGGUAGGGGCAAUCAUGUAGAAUUUUCAUUGUCCGUUUUUCAUACUGUCCUGUUGUAGGUCAGUAGACUGACAAAGCAGUGAAAUUUUGGGGCAUUUGUGUCCUAUGGACACCCUGUGGACACAUUUUUGUGCCCCCACUUAAGUGGCGGGCAUUUAGAUUUACCCUUGUCCGUCCGUCCUUCAUUCCGUUCUCUUUUGUGUCGCACGUAACUCAAAAAGUAUUUGACCUAGAGUCAUGAAACUUUACAGGAAUGUUGAU